AUACACGUCGUAAACAAUUGAAGAACACACAAGCUUGUAGCAAAAUGGCUCCAUCUAACCAGCAAGCCCUCCAUGUCCUCUUGCUUCUACUAGUACUCUCCUAUUCCGUAGACACUGCAGCCAAGCAUAACACCACUGUCUCUUGCCUCCCAGAUCAGGCUUCAUCCAUCCUCCGGCUAAAAGAUUCAUUUAUCGACAUCGAUUCGAAAUUGGCAUCAUGGCAGGCUGGAAGAGACUGCUGCCAGUGGGAGGGUGUCACCUGCGGCAUGGCCUCUGGGACAGUCAUUUCUCUAGACCUCGGUGGGUUCAAUUUGCAGAGCAGUCGUCUUGACUCUGCACUCUUCAACCUCACCUCUCUAAGAAACCUAAACUUUGCUUCCAACGACUUCAGAUCAGCGCACCUCCCAUCUUAUGGGUUUGAGCGGCUCAUAGAUAUGGUCCACCUUAACUUUUCUGCCACCAACUUUUUUGGCCAGAUCCCGAUUGGAAUUGCCCGCCUCAAGAACCUUGUCAGUCUUGAUUUUUCGCAUAAUAAUGGUAUGUAUUUGCAAGAGCCAAACUUCCUGAUCUUAAUUGCAAAUCUAAGCAAUCUGAAAGAGCUCCAUUUUGAUGAAGUGGAUAUCUCCAGAAGUGGAUAAACUUGGUCCAUCGCUUUAGCAGAUUCUACUCCCCAACUGCAGAUUCUAAGCUUGCAUAUGUGUAGUAUUUCUGGUCAUAUACACCCUUCCUUCUCCAGGCUUCGUUCACUAAGGGAGAUCAACCUAAGUUACAACUUAGCGCUCACUGGCAACAUUCCUGAGUUCUUUGCUAAUUUUUCUUCCUUGGGAAUUCUUGAUAUUUCAUUCAGUUCUUUUGAAGGAAUCUUUCCAAGGAAAAUCUUCAAGAUAACAAGUUUGACGACCGUAGAUUUGUCGAAUAACCCGAGUCUGUUUGUGUGCUUGCCAGAUUUCCCUUUUGGAAAUAAUUGGGAAACAUUAAAUCUAGCAGGGUGCACUUUAUCUUGUGAUAUACUGCCUUCACUUGUGAAUCUCAGAUCUUUGAGGAAUUUGGGUCUCAGCACGAUUGGAAUCUCCAAGGAUCUUUCUUUGAUACAUAAGCUCCCAUCACUGAAUGAACUCCAACUGUACGGGCAGGGCAUUGAGAAGCCAGCAUUUUCUUGGAUUGGCAAUCUGAAGCAACUGACAUAUUUGAAGCUAUAUUGGUAUGACUUCUCUCAAUCAGUACCCUACUGGAUCGGCAAUUUGUCGAGUUUAGAAAGUUUGGAGAUCUUUGGAAGCAAUUUCCCUGGGCCGAUACCAUACCAUAUUGGCAAUCUUCCAAAUUUGACAAGUCUGACCCUCUCAGAUUGCAACUUCUCUGGGCCUAUUCCCUCAACAAUAGGGAACUUGGCCAAACUUGAAUAUUUGUGGGCCGAAGGUAGCAAUAUUUCUGGUGAGAUCCUAACCAAUGCGGCAAUGCUUGCUUCUGUUCCUUCCUAAAAUAAUAUCAUGUUUUGUUCCUGUGACAACGUAA